AUGGGUGACGACAAUGAAGAGACUCAAGUUCUUGAAACCCGAAUUGAGGAGGAUAACAACCCUACACCAAAUGAAAAUGAUAGCAGUCCUGCAAUAACUGAAAAUAACAACACGGAAGCCACAAUUUCAACUCAAGCUGCUAUGAAUAAAAGGAAAGGUAGAUCUCCUACUUGGGAACAUUUUGAAAAGAAAGAAAUUUGA